CACACACACGCCCGGCAAUUACUAUUCGGCAAGAACUAUCUCUGUGAACGCUAGGAGAAGAUGAACAACUUGCGCAUAUUUACCCAGAGGGCAUCCAAGGGUGCCUUCCGCAGCCUUGCCGGCGGCGAGAGGUCGCUGUCUACCCUCAAGAACGUGCUGGCAGAGCAAAUCCCGGCCAAGCAGGCGGAGCUCGCCAAGCUCAAGAAGGAACAUGGCCACAAGUCCGUCGGAGAGGUCACGAUCGACCAGGUCAUCGGAGGAGCUCGCGGCAUCAAGAGCAUGAUCUGGGAGACAUCCAACCUCGAUGCGGAUGAGGGAAUCCGGUUCCGCGGGUUGACCAUCCCAGACUGCCAGGAAAAGCUCCCUGGGUACACGGAGGGUGGCGAGCCCAUGCCGGAGGCGCUGCUGUGGUUGCUGCUCACGGGAGAAGUCCCAACGAAAGCACAGGUCGACGAGCUAACCGCAGACCUCCACAAGCGCUCCGGCAUCCCUAAGCACGUGGAGGAGAUGAUCCGGCAGUUCCCCAAGGACAUGCACGCCAUGAGCAUGUUUGGCGCCGCUCUCUUCGCGUUGCAGACGGAGAGCAAAUUCGCGAAGGCGUACGCCAAGGGCGUGAGCAAGAAGGAGUACUGGGAGCACACCUACGAAGACGUCCUGGACGUGAUCGCGAAGAUGCCCGAGGUUGCCGCCCUUAUCUACCGCUGCAAGUUCAAGGACGGCGUGGUGAAAAAGGACCUGAGCCUGGACUACACGGGUAACUACUGCUCCAUGAUGGGCUACAACGACAAGUCCUUCCAGGACCUCAUGCGCCUCUACCUUGUCAUCCACUCGGAUCACGAGGGCGGUAACGCCUCUGCUCACGCGACGCACCUGGUCGGCUCGACCUUGUCAGAUGCAUACAUGUCGUACGCCGCAGGGAUCGGGGCGUUGGCAGGGCCGUUGCACGGACUUGCUAACCAGGAAGUACUGGGAUGGAUCAAGGACCUGGAGGCGCACUUCAAGGCCAAGGGUAAGGAGGUUUCGCACGAGACCAUCGAGGAGUUCGCGUGGGAGACCCUCAACAGCGGAAAGGUGAUCCCCGGGUACGGCCACGCGGUGCUGCGGAAGACUGACCCGAGGUACAUGGCGCAACGCCAGUUCGCGCUCAAGCACCUGCCCGACGACGACUUGUUCAAGAUCGUCUCCACCAUCUACGAGGUGGUGCCGGGAGUGCUGACCAAGCUAGGCAAGGUCAAGAACCCCUGGCCCAACGUGGAUGCCCACUCGGGGGUGCUCCUGUGCCACUACGACUUUACAGAGCACGACUACUACACCGUGCUUUUCGGAGUCUCUCGCGGGAUCGGCGCCCUCUCCCAGCUCUUCUGGGACCGCGCCCUGGGGCUGCCCCUCGAGCGGCCCAAGUCGGUCACCCCGGAGUGGCUCUGGGAGCACGCAAAGAAGAACUAAUUGCACAUGGCAGGACGAUACAUCUAGACCGUAGUAAUACUUGUAGCACAUGGCAGACGCCCGUAGUAACAGUCUUCUAUUUCUAGAUGUCACACCUUGUCUUGCGUUUUGAAUGUGUGCAUGGUCUUGGUUGUCAUGAGGUUUUAAGCUCUUCUGGCCUUGGUAGCGCAUGCGCGUCCUUCGUUCGUUUCUUUUUUUGUAUGCCUUUUCUGCUGUAGAACAAUCGGUUGACUGUGGAGAUGAGAAGGCAAAGCGGGGGGGGGCGGGGGGGGGGACUCAUAGUCGUACAUGCCGUGGUCGUUAGACUGACCUCCCAUCCCUACAAAGCCGGG